CUUAUUUUGAUAAAACUGAGAGUACAAGAUGGAAUAAUAUUUCUGUCAAGGAGUCUAUAGACGCAGAAAAUUUGAUUCCUUGACACUGGAAUGUGGAUUUUCUUGUGAGUUGAAGGCAUCUGAGCUGUUCUCCUUUUGCUGAUACUUGCUUGACUUGUAGGAAAGUGUUUCAACAAUAUGCCUCGUACGAAAGAUUACCUUGUUUGUUGAUUUUGCUCGAGAAUUUUAUCUGUUCAAAAAUAUGCGGCGGAAUCGAAUUGAAAUCGAACUUCGAGUGAUACAGAUGAAAAUUUUCUCUAAGUAUGACAUGCGUCUUUCUGCAUUUUGACUGGCAAAUAUUUUUGUUUAUUGUCAGGUAAUCACGAAGGAAGGAAAUUAGUAAUAUUUAACAAUACACUUAAAUGAGAUUCUCACAAAACUCCAUGGUCUAACUAGAUUGCAUAAAUAUAGAAACAUCAAAUUAGUCUUCCUGAAAAUGUUGUAUUGAUGCAAGAGUUUGCAUUUCUUGGCACUUCCUGGUACACAAAACGUGUCAUCUUAUCCAGAAUUUGAAAUUAAGAAUAGGAAAAAAAAAAAAAAGUGAAACUCACUUUCAUGUAUUAGUUAUACGGCCCCAGAAGAAAGGGAAAUAAUGGCGUUUGUGCAACUUCCUUGUUCUCCUCUAACUCUUAGAACCACUUCAUGUUCUGUGUUUACAGCAUCACCCAUCAAAGCAUCAUCUAAUUUGUCUUUGCCAAUCUCUUCAAAACUUAAAACGACCAAAUUUAGCAACUCGGUCGCAAACUUUCACUCCAAAUCUUUGAGCUUCUCCCUCUCUGUGGCUCUUUCGCUUGGUUUAUCUCUUACAGGAGUUGGAAUUUCAGAGGCAAAAGUUGGGGUUAACAAGCCAGAAUUGCUUCCUGAAGUCUUCACUCCUGUGAUUGAUGUGGCUGGCUUCCUAUCCGACGGGCAGGAGAGAAGACUUGCUCAGGAGAUUGCUGAUCUUGAAAAGGAUACCGGAUUCAAGUUAAGAGUUUUAGCUCAAAAUUAUCCUGAUACACCAGGGCUGGCAAUUAAAGAAUUUUGGCAAGUGGAUGAUCGAACUAUUGUCUUUGUCGCUGAUCCUACCUUUGGCAAUAUAUUAAAUUUCAAUGUCGGGGCUUCUGUUGAUAUUGAUGUUCCACGUAGCUUCUGGAGCCGCUUGGCUGGGAAAUAUGGGAACAUGUUCUACUGGAAAGAGAAGGGAGAAGAUGCAUCUAUUGAAGCUGCUGUAAUGGCAAUAACUAAUUGCUUGAGAGAGCCAGUGGGUCCAAAUAAUUGCUCUGAGGUGAAAUAACGCCAACACGCUUAUACAGGCAAGAUUUACUUCAAUUUUGCUUGGUGACAACCUGUAGAUACCAUGUAAUUCUUUCUAUGGUUGCAUAUAUAGGAGGGUAUGGGGUGAUACUUGGUUAAAUCCAAGGAGUCAUGUCUUUUUUCCUCAAUCAAAUCUGAGAAGAAAAUGACACGGUUGCCUGAUUGUUGAAACAAACCUAUUAAGAGCAUCUACUGGAAUUUGUUGAAGGAAAUGAGCUAUACACUACUAGUAUUUUUUUGGGAUAUUUGAGUGUGUAUUCAACUUCAAGCUAAAUCCUCUUGAUGUUCAAUGCAUGAUAUUAUUGUUCA